UCAAGUAAUUUAUGCAAGGAGUUUGUUAGGGUCUUUUACCAAUGCUGGCGUUCGCUAUCACCAAAAAAUGCUUAACACAAUGGCCAGCGUCUCAAGAGCGCUAUUUCAAAGUUACUGAGGACGAUCCUUAACAAAUUUAAACUUUCUUGCUGGAGAACGUACGAAUAGCAGUAGGUAUUGUGGGUCCAACUAUCACGGUCAAUGGAGGAAGGGACGCUUCAGGACGCAGCAGCGGUGCGGGUGGCUGUCAGGGUCCGGCCCCUUAUUACCCGCGAGCUGCUCCAGGGCAGCAGGCAAUGCAUCUCCACAGACGGCCCAUGUGUCACGAUAGGACGGGACCGCCGCUUUACUUUUGACCAUGCGUUUGGGCCAAACACGACCCAGGAGCACGUGUACCAGGAGGUUGUGAGUCCGCUGGUGGAGAGCUGCUUCGAUGGCUUCAACGUCACCGUGCUGGCGUACGGCCAGACGGGCAGCGGCAAGACGUACACCAUGGGCACCGGGGAGUGCCGGCAGGAGGAGCAGCUGGGCAUUGCGCCGCGGGUCGUCAGGCACCUCUUUCAGGGCAUCCAGGCUCGCAAGCAGCAGGCGGCCUUCCACGUGCGCGCGCAGUUCCUGGAGAUCUACAACGAGGACGUGAAGGACCUGCUGCUGCCGCCCGCAGAGCAGGCCACACGGUGGAUCUCCCGUGAGUCGGGUGCGGCUGCGGGCGGUGUGGGGGCCGGCAGCGGCAGCAGCAUCACGCUGCGUGACGCGGGCGACGGCACCAUCGUGGUGAUCGGCGCCACGGAGCAGUCGGCGGACUGCGAGGAGGACCUGCUGGAGCUGCUGGAGCGGGGCAUGGCGGCGAGGGCGACUAGCAACACCUUUGCGAACGAGCAGUCCUCUCGCUCGCACGCCAUCCUGACCAUUGUCAUCGAGCAGCACGUGCUUCUGGGCGGCCCGGACGGCGGCAGCAGCAGCGGUUGUAAUAGUGGUGGUGGUGCCGGCAACGGUAACGGAGGCGGCAGCAGGGGUGGCGCCCGGCCGCACGAGGAGCCCGGUAGCGGUGGCGGUCCGGCGGCUGCUGCGGGCGAGUUCCGAACCGCCAAGCUGCACCUGGUGGACCUGGCCGGCAGCGAGCGCACCAAGCAGCUGCGCUCCUCCAUGCAAGGCAACGGGGCGCGCUUCAGAGAGACCGUCAACAUCAACCAGGGUCUGUUGGCGCUGGGCAACGUCAUCAGCGCGCUGGGCGACGAGCGCCGCCGCGGCAGCCACGUGCCGUACCGCGAGUCCAAGCUGACUCGGCUGCUGCAGGACUCGCUGGGCGGCAACAGCCGCACCGCCAUGAUCGCCUGCGUCAGCCCCGCGGACGAUGUGCUGGAGGAGACGCUCAACACGCUAAAGUACGCCAACAGGGCCAAGAACAUCCGCAACAAGCCCGUCGUCAACAGGGCCUCCUCCCAGUCAUCGCUCUCUCCCCUGCGCGGCGCCGUGCUGGAGGUGCAGCUGCAGGUGCUGCAGCAGCUCAUCGAGCAGCUGCCCCACAGUGGGCUGGCGCGCGGGCUGCCGCUGGCGGAGCUGAGGCAGUUGCACAUGGGCGACCCGGUGGCGUGCCUGGAGGUGCUCACGCGGAUGAAGAGCGCGCUGGCGGCAUGCGCCAGCGAGGGAGGGGCGGCAGCGGAGCCCGUCAGGCGCGCGGACCCCCUGGGGCGGCCGCUGCCGGGGUCGUCGGGCGCCGCCGCUGCAGGCGGCAGCAGCGGGGGUGCCGCAGCGGCGGCAGGGGUGGGCGGCGAGGAGGCGGGCGAGGGCGAGGAGGAGGGCGAGGCGGUGUCCUCACUGGUUGCUGGCUGCGGCCGGGCCAUUGCGGGUAUCCUGCAGGGGCUGGCGGAGAUGGAGGCGCAGGGACACGUGGACAGGGAGGGAAGAGAGCACAUCCUGCGCUCGCUGGACGCCUCCACGCUGCAGCUGCUGCCCGCCGUACGCUCCGUGGGCAUGCGCCGCAGCAGCAGCGCAGCGCAGUCCUCCGCCGGCGCGCCGCCCAGCAGCAGCAGCAGCGGCCCCGCCAGCUGCACCCGCCUGCUGCCCUCCUGCCUCAGCGCCGCACUGGAGAGCGCGGCUGCGGGUGCUGCUGCGGAUGCGGAUGCCGGGGGUGACGGGCCCGACAAGGGGGAGCUGACGCAGCGGUCGGGUGAGCCUUCGGGGGCGGCGGCGAGCAGCCGGGAGGAGCAGGUGGCGCGCUCGGUUAGGGAGCAGGAGCUGGAGGACAGGGUCAAGUCGCUGGAGUCGGAGCUGGCCUGCUGCCGUACCGAGCUGCGGGAGGCGCGGGAGGAUCUGGAGCGGGACGAGAUCAUCUUUGCGGACAAGAUGAAGGAGCUGCAGGAGGCCCGGUCGGCAGCUGCAGACUCGCAGCAGCGGCUGAAGGAGGAGCAGGAGCGACACGCGGCAGAGGUAGCCGACCUCCGGAAGCAGCUAGCAGACCUGGACGCCCAACGCACCCAACAGCAGCCGCACCCGCAGCAACUAAGCGGUAACGCUCUCGGCCGUCUGGGCGGAGCGCUGAGUCGCCUGGGCAGCCGUGGCCGCAACCGCAGCCACAGCCGCCCCAGGUCCGGGUCCGGCUCCGGCAGCAUGCUGUCCGCUCGGCACUCCGAAGCCACCUCCAGCGGCUCCCGGACCGCCAGCGGCGACGGCGAUGUGCCGCCGCACACAUCGAGUACGACAAGGGCAACGGCGACGGCGACCUCGGCACCACCCACCGGAGCGGGAGGAGCAGGCAGCGAGGGUGACAGCGAGGGUGAGGGUGAGGAGCGGGGCGGCGAGGAGGACGAGGUGUUGUACGACGAGGAGCUGCUGUCGUACAUCAGCGAGACGGACUACACGGAGCAGCACCGGCGGGAGGUGCUGGAGAGCGAUGCGGCGCUGCGGGAGGAGCUGGCGGAGGUGCUACGGGAGAAGGCCGCCGCGGAGGCUGAGCGCGCGGCUCUGGAGCGGUCCGCCCUCGCCCAGCGCAGCAGCUUCGACAGCGCGCGCGCCGCCCUGGAGCAGCAGCUAAGCCAGCUGUCCGCCAACAUCUCCCGCCAGCAGCAGCAGCUGGAGGCGGCGCAGGCGGCGGAGCGGGAGGCACGCGAGCUGGCCGCCAGGUGGCAGGAGCGGGCUCAGGAGCUGGAGUCCGCCAUCCAGGCUCGCGAGGCGGCGCUGGCGGAGCUGCGGGGCGAGCUGGCGGCGGUGGAGGGCGGCGCCGCACGCAGCGGGGAGGAGCGGGCGGCGCUGCGGCGGCAGUACGAGGAACGCAUCGCGGCGGUGGUGGCGCAGGUCACCGCCCUGCAACGCCAGCUGCAGCAGCACGAGUCAGGCGGCGCGGACAAGCGCGAGCGGCAGGCCACCACCGAGCGAGCGGCGCUCAUGGAGGCGGAGCUGGGCCGCCUGCGCACUCAACAGGCCGACCUCCGCAAGCAGCUCUCCGAGCGCAUCUCCCGCUACGAGCGCGACAACGCGGAGCGCGUCAAGGAGCUCACCGCACUGCGCCGCGCCGCCACCGCCGCACGCAACCGCAUGCAGGCGCUGGAGCAGGAGAACCGCGCGCAGCGGCUCAUGCUGCGGGCCAAGCAGCAGGAGGUGCUCAGUGCGCAGCAGCAGCUGCGGGACUCCCAGCGCGCAGCAGCCGCGUCGGGGCCCGUUCUGGGCGGCGCUGGCGCUGGCGCUGGGCAGCGUAGCGGCAGCCCGGGUGGCCGUGGGUACGGCAGCAGCCACCUGCGGGGAUAUAACAGCAUGGGGGUGGCGGGUAGCGGCCGGGGCUUGGGUGAUGCCAUGGGGGGCAUGCGGGGCUCAGGGCAGAGGUCCUUCCAGGGCGCUGCAUGGAACGCCGGUCCGGGCAGCAGACAGAGCUCACCUGGUCCCCGGCGGGCCACGCCGCUGCGGUCCUCUGUAUCCGCUGGUAUGGCUGCGCUGGGGCGAAUGAGCGGCAUCCUGUCGCCGCUGCAGCAGCGGUUGGUAGAACCGGGCGGCGGGGGGUACACCAGCCCGCCUCGGCUCCGAGAGGAGCAGCAACCUCCGCCUCAGCAACAGCAGGCCCCACUUCCGCAACCCCUGACGCCUGAACAGCAGCAGGAGCUCGCCGACUGGUCGGAUCAGCUGCUGGCGGCGGUGGCGGAGGCGGCCAGCGUGGAGGCCCGGCUGGAGGUGCUGGCGGCGCGGCAGCGGGAGCUGCUGGCCCGCCGCGACAAGGUGCUCCGAGACCAAUCUCAGUUGGGACUGCGCACGCAGCGCCGCGCGGAGCAGCUGGCGCAGGCGGUGGCGGCGUGCAACUCGGAGCUGGCGGAGCUCGUGAGCCGCAUUCCCUCGCCGCGGUACGACACGCCGACGUCGUCGACGCCCGGUACACCGCGCGGGGCUGUCGCCGCCGCCGCCAACGGCGGCGGUGGCGGCGGCUUGUCGGCGGCAAUCCUGGCUGGCGGUCAGCGAGGUGGCGGCGGGUUUGGCGGCAGUCGCUCGCUGCUAUCUGACGACUGGGUGGCGUUGCAGCAGCGCAUCGCGGACGUGAGCCACAGCAAGGCGGCUCUGGAGGAGCGACUGCGCUCGGGGCGGCUGCUGGAGGAGCGGGAGCAGCAGCUGCUGGACGCGAUAGAUGACCAGCUGGAGGACCUCGACACGCAGCUGUCGUACGUGGUGGGUGAGCUGGCGGACCAUCGCGGCUCGCUGGCGCAGCUGCAGCGCCGCCGGGAGCAGCUGCAGCAGCGCUGCGGGGGCAUGAGUGCGGAGGGGCUGAGGCUGGCGCUGGCGGCGGCAACGGAGGCGGUGGGGAAACGUGCCUUCCAGGUACGGCAGCUGGAGGCCGCGCUGGCUGCCAGUGAGAGCGGUGCGGCGCGGCGGGAGGCGGCGCUGCAGGUGCGGCUGCGGGAGUCGCUGGUGUCCAUCUCCGCCCACCUGGCGUCACUGGAGGCCACCUCCCCGGGCUCCUCAGUGUCGCUUAACUCCGCUGGAAUUCGCACCCUGCUGGGAAUGUACCUGGACGGGGACGCGGGCGGGACGGCGGCGGCUCCGGCGGGGCCAGCUGCGGGCGAGCCUGCUGGACAUGAACACCCGCCCUGCGCAGCGUCAGGGCCGCAGCUGCACGUGCUGCCGCCUGCGACAUCCGCGGUAGCAGGGCUGGAGCCGGCAGCUGCAGUCCCCGCAGCAGCAGCAGCAGGGACUGCAGCGGAAGAACCUUUGGAUGGGGGGCUAGGCAAUGCGGCCACGGCAGCCAACGCCAUGACCAGCGCGCAUGCGCCUGGCCAUGCACCUUCUGGCGCCACAACAGCAGCAGCGGCAGCCAACUGCAGCAGCGACGGAGGCAGCAGCAACGGUGCCAGCGUUCUCGGUCGCCCGGGGAGCAGCGGUGGCACCAUGCCGCGCGUUCCCAGGCUGCCCCUGCCGCUGAGGAGCGGCCAACAGCAGCAGCAUCACCAGGUGAACGGCAACGACCACCAAGCUGCCACAGCAUCGCACCCAUGUGGCAGAACUGCCAGCAUGCUGGGCGGGGUGCAUCAAGAGACGUUGGGGAACAACGGCCCAAGCGCCAGCAGCAGCAACGUUGCCAUCCCCGUCGCUUCGCAGCGCCCCGAGGAGGGCCUUCGCAGGGUGCCGUCUAAGUCAGCUGUGGAGGCUUUUGAGGAGGGCGUGGAGCUCAGCAUGCGUGCCCUGCCCGUCAAGCCCCGCAUGUCUGGGCUACAGCACCGCCAGCAGCAGCAGCAGCCCGGGCGGAGCGAGCCCGCGGGCAGCAGUUGGGAGCAGGCCGAGCCGCAGCAGGAGGGCUCCCUGGGCUCGGAGGACGAAGAGGGUGAAGAGGAGCUGGCGAUCCUUGAGCGGUCGUGUGGCGGAGGGGGAGCAGGCGGUGGUAGCGUGCGCAGCAUCGGGAGCAACAUGAGUGUUCGCAGCAGCGGCGGUGCCGGCGGCGAGGGGUUGGAGGGUCUGGCCCGGGAUUCGGCCCUUUCGGCAAUGCCACCGCGUGUGCAGCAGCCUCCGAAGCAGCACCACCAGCCGCGGCCUGCUUGCAGUUCCGGCGGCGCCACACCCUUGAUGCACAGCUCCGGGGCCCUGGGUGCUGGCGGCAUCCUGCGCCGCUCCGGUAGCAUCGACUCUCUGGGCGGCUCGUCCUGCUCCGGCUCCUACUCCUCCGGUGUAGGGCUCACACCGGUGUCAGGCAGCACCGCAAAGCGUGUCACCUGGAGCGCCUACGUGGGUGCGAGCGCUGGCUGCAACGCCGGCGGCACUGCUUCUGGUUCCACCGCUGCAGCAGGGCCCUCCCUCGCCUCCCUCGCUCAGACUCCGAUGGCCUCUGCAGGAGGUCUGGGUCAGGGUAGUGGUAGUAACCAGACCGGCGGCCGGGGGCGUUCGGGUUCCAUCCUGGACCGAGCGGCAGCUGGGCUGCUGGGCCAUGCAGGUCGGGGAGGAGGUACGGCAGCAUGUGGGGAUGCGGCGGAGGGGCAGGGCGGAGCGGGCAGCACCCGCAGCAGCUUGGUUAGUGAUGACGGC